AUGACAACCUGGCACCAAACCACAAUAACGCUCCCCUCCCGCUCCCGCGGCUCCUACCUCAUCACCCCCGAGAUCACCUCCGCGCUGCCGGAGCUCUCCCGCUACCGCGUCGGCCUGCUCACCCUCUUCAUCCAGCAUACGUCCUGCGCACUGUCGCUCAACGAGAACUGGGACAGCGAUGUGCGCGCAGACAUGAGCGACGCUAUGGAUAGGAUUGUCGUCGAGGAUAAGAAGGGUGAGGGGAUCUAUAGACAUGAUGCGGAGGGCAGCGAUGAUAUGCCGGCGCAUGUGAAGAGUGCGUUGAUUGGGGCGAGUGUGGUGGUGCCGGUGAGGGAGGGGCGGUUGGCGUUGGGGACGUGGCAGGGUGAGUUGCUGUUCUUUCCUGGUGGGGAUUUGGGGGGAGGGGAGGGGAGGGGAGAGGGGAGAGGGGAGAGGGGAGAGGGGAGAUGA